GGGAUAGCGACUUCGUGGCGCGAAUUGCAGCCCUAAGAACUUCAAAUCCCCGGAGACAGCCACGUUGGCCUGCCACCAUUUGAUGAAAACUGAUACCUACUUAUCUCUCUCUCUCUCGUAGCCUCUCGAGUCUCUACGCACUACGCUCAGUUUCUCUCUCCUUCGCCCACGUCGCUCAUCAUUUAUUGUUCCAUUACCGUUUUCCUCCGUUUUCAAGCAAUUAUCAACAUUCCUCGCCAUUUUCCUCCGUUUCACCCUUGAAGAGAAUGACGCAAUCACCGAAAAUGUAAUGUAAUUCUAUCAUAAAUUUCUUCGCUUGCCUAAUUUUGCAUACUUUGUCUUGUCUGGUAGAACGACGUUUGUAGAUUGAGAUGAUCGAAAUAUUUCCCGUCUGCUUGUCUUCGAUUGUUAGCUUAUUUAUGUUCUUGAAGUGUGUGGAUUAGAUUAUCUAGAAUUUGCUUUCUUUGGUUGUUUGUUUCCACAUAAUACAUGAUUUAGGAGAAGGAGCUUUCACUGGAAUCAAAAUUUGGUUUUGACAAUCAAAACGUAGUAGCGAAGAAUAUUUCGCGCUGAUUUAGGCGCUUUCGUUUCCUUUGAAGAAGUUUUCAGCUUUUCAGCUGGUGCUUGGGGGCUUAAUUUGUUGCUUCUAGACUUUUGGUGUAAAACCAGAAGUAACCCGUUGCAGGGUUCUACUUGUUAAGAUGUCGGAAGGUUUGAAUACAAGGCGGGGGAUUCCGCCCGGAAUCCUGCUCUUAAGGAGCCUAAGAGGCAGGGAUUGGAGCCUCACUACGUACAGGUAUGCGGUUCUGCUCCUUACUUUUAUAGCAUAUGCUUGCUACCAUGCUUCCAGGAAACCCACCAGUAUUGUUAAGAGUGUUUUAGAUCCGCAGCCUGUCAGGCUUGGCCAGCCAAUUAAUCCCUGGCCUCUUUCUGAGUUUUUUAUCAAGGAGAAAUUUGUGGUUGCUAACGUCUCAAAAGUGUAUCCAAAGGGAUGGGCCCCUUUCAAUAAAAAAGAUGGCACUGUCAAGUUGGGAGAGAUUGAUGUUGCAUUUCUUGCUUGUUAUUCCAUGGGAAUGUAUGUGGCAGGGCACCUAGGAGACACGCUCGACCUGCGUCUCUUCUUGACGACGGGGAUGAUUGGAAGUGGGAUUUUUAUUGGGUUGUUUGGUUUGGGUUACUUUUGGAAUAUCCAUGCCUUCUGGUUUUAUCUGUUAAUGCAAAUGGUUGCCGGAUUGUUUCAGGCUACUGGGUGGCCUUCUGUUGUGGCUGUUAUUGGUAAUUGGUUUGGGAAGAGAAAGAGGGGUUUGAUAAUGGGUAUUUGGAAUGCUCAUACAUCUAUUGGUAAUAUCACUGGAUCCCUUCUUGCCGCUAGUGUUCUGGAGUAUGGCUGGGGCUGGUCUUUUAUACUUCCUGGUGCAUUGAUCUUUUUGGGAGGGAUAAUGAUUUGCUUGUUUUUGGCUGCAUAUCCAGAAGAUGUUGGGAUUCCUUGCCCGUAUGGAUUGGACUCCCAUACGAAGGUAGAGACAAUGCCCAAAGAUGAAGAGGCUCAAAUACGGAAAGGGGAUGGAGAGAGAACCCAACGUGCUGGGUCAAUGAGUAGAGGUAGUGCAGUUGGGCUUCUUGAAGCUUGUUUCAUACCUGGAGUGAUACCUUUUGCGUUGUGCCUAUUCUUCUCAAAGCUUGUGGCGUACACAUUCCUCUAUUGGUUGCCUUUUUAUCUCAGCCAAACUGCAAUUGGUGGAGAGUAUGUAUCUGUAAAGUCUGCUGGCAAUCUUUCUACUCUUUUUGAUGUUGGGGGAAUUGUUGGUGGAAUCCUUGCUGGCUAUAUUUCCGAUAGACUUAAUGCUCGGGCCAUUACAGCAGCAAGCUUCAUGUACGCUGCAAUUCCUUCAAUGCUCCUAUAUCGCUUUUAUGGGAGUAAUUCUAAGUCAAUGAACUUCAUAUUGAUGAUGAUUGCUGGGCUAUUUGUCAAUGGGCCCUAUGCACUGAUCACUACUGCGGUUUCUGCGGAUCUUGGGACACACAGCUCUCUCAAGGGGGAUUCUAGAGCAUUGGCAACGGUGACUGCCAUUAUUGAUGGAACAGGAUCAGUUGGUGCUGCACUUGGACCUCUUUUCACAGGGUUUAUUUCAAAGAAGGGAUGGAAUGCAGUUUUCAUGAUGCUUAUUCUUGGGGCAUUUAUUGCUGGUCUUCUUUUAUCUCGCUUGGUCAUGGCAGAAAUUCGGGAGAAAACUGGAAAGAAUUUAGGACAGCAAGUAGUUGAAGGAACUGCAACUCAACCUUUGCUAAGGGAUAGGAGGUAACAUGGGACCACAAAACUGGGCCUUGGAAAUCAAGACCAAGCAAGAAAAGAGUAUCAGUGUGAUCACAGAUGCAUGGAACAAUGCCAACACAAAUCAUUUCCAUUUGAACUUAGAAAGUUUGAAUGCUUUAUUUGUAAUUCGUUUUGUGCCACUUGUACUGUAUUGUGUAUAUAUCUUCCAUCUAGGUUCUGUUUGCUUUGUUGCCUCCUAACUCAGUUGAUUAUUAUUAAGACCGAGUUGAUCUCAAGCCAUGGUUUGUUGUUGUGGGCCUCACAUAACUUUGGAGUUGGAUUGGGCAAAGGAUUCUGUUUUUGUUCAGAUUUUCAAGCAGUUGUGCUUCAGGCUCUUUAGCUAUAGUGCCUUGGUAAUGUUAUCAUUUUUUUUUGUUCUAUAGUUUUCUAUAGUCCUUGUUAUGUACUGUUGGGCCAGUUUAUUUUUGUUAUGUAAA